AGAACAUCCAGCCACAGCCAACGAUUGUUUUGUAUCCGCCUCAGCCCGAUGCCUACAUGCACGACGCAUACGAGCAGUGGCAACACCAGGCGUGGCUGAGUCCUCCCGUCAGCUUCAGUAUGAUCUACCGGAUCUCCAAGGACAGGCUCCCAGAGGUCCGAAGGCAAACCUAAUCAUGCAUGAUUAAGAUCGCUGCUAAUAACCAUGGCUCUGCCUCUUUCUUGCAACCACUUACGUAUUCUAUGGGUGACUUUGAACAAGCUUCCGGACUUCCAUCCAGACGCUCCAGCCCCCGCCUUGGUCAGAAGUCCUUUUAUCCCCCUCUCCUUCCUGCCUCCUAGAUUAUUAUGACAUGUCUGCGGCCACUUCCAUCUCCUUUUUUCUAUCUGCAGGAUAAUCCGAGCGUCGUCCUAACAUCAUGGCCGGUGCAUGUGCGAAACGAGGGUGUCGCUGCUGCGACACCGACCUUUCGACUGGCCCAUCUGCAGAUCAUGCUGCCUCCGCUGCACUGUAUGUGACACAUCCUGAACGCAGAAUCGCUGUACGUGAACCUGAUGUGGAUAUUUUCGGCUCAGGCGGUACCGGCUUUUCCCCAAGCCAUAACCGUGCUUCCGCGAGUGCUGCUGCUAUUCUCGCGCACACCAAGAGCCGGGCGCGCGAACCUUCGGAGAUUAGAAAGGAACCCGGCGUGUACUCAUCCACGCAGCAUAUUCAGGACUACUACGCUUCUGAAAUACGAGAUGGAACGCCUUUAACCCCGGAAGGAUUCCACGCUGCGUUGUCCGCUGCCAGAGACCGUAGAUCUUUAGCAAGUCUACCUUCCUUACCGGUGGGCGUACGACCUGACCUCACCAAAGUGGAGGAGCCUGCAGAACGGUCGCGAACUCCUAGUCCUGACGGCGGGGCUCUUAGGGCAGCUACGGGGGCUUUUUCGAUCAGCAGGAAAAGAGCUGAUUCUGCUCCCACGAAACCGGCGCGUACAACCGACUCUGUUUAUGCACUAUCAGCAGCCGGUCUGUCUCAUAAAUAUCGUGUGGAGCCCGAGGGGCCGUUUGAUAAUCUCGACCGUGCUGUUGAAGCGAGCCGAAUCCAACAUGUUGCGGAUCCCAACCCUAAGUUAUACACUUCGACACCUCCGGUUGCACUUGAAGUGGAAGAGGUGAGAAGGAAUGAUGUGUUGCGUGCAGCGGCAACUUCAAUGGCGCGUGAGAUGUACCCUAUAUCAGUAGAGAAGACCGACCGGGGAUCCGCUAUUGCUGUUAGUGCUGCUCAGGUGGGCCAUGAUCGUAUGCGCCCUCAUGAGCCUACUGCCACAGAGGACCCGUCAGCGGCGUUCAAGCGGGCCUUGAAUUUGCAGGGUGCCGCGCAGAAGAUUGCGUCCGAGAAGCUGGCGAGAAUGCAAUACCAGGACUUGUACCACGACUACUACGGGACAGGGCAACCUGCCCGCUCUCGCUUGUCGAUCCGUCUGAAAAGGACACCGAGCGACAUAGACGCUUCAAAGGUCGACAAUGAACGAUCUAAGGAGAUAAGAAGGCAAAUGGCAAGCCUGCAAACUAGAUUGGACAAGCUGGACGAGAGGAGGCGAAUAGAGCAAGACGAGAAGAGGCAGAAAGACCGUGACGAACUGAUGGAAGUCGCAAGGAGAAACGUACAUGCUACCAUGCAUGAUUUGGAGACGAAAGUCUAUGCCGAGAAAGGUCUGCCUACGCCUGCACAGCAGAGAGAAUGGGAAGAGGCAGCGCAGGAACGGGUGCGGCUUGAGAGGGAGGCCCAGCUCGCCGGUUCGGAGAGAGUCCUUAUCGGUGCUGACCAGUACGUGGACAGAGCAGAUGUCGAAGCCGUUGCCCGAGCGAGGAUCCAACCUACACUUGAUGAAAUCACAGACCGUACAAGUGAACAGAAGGCCAAAGAAUUCGAACAACAUUUAGAUAGGGAAGAAAUGAAACGCCGAGUAACUAGGGAACGUGAACGAGAAGCCGAUACAAGAGCCGAAGAGAAAAGACUGAGAGGUGGGUUGAAGGAUCAUCUUAUUACCCGCUUCUUGCUGUUGGCACGUCUUAAUAAGGACCAAGACCGGCUAAUAACAGAAUUCCAGAUUUUUUGAAACGGGAGGCGAAAGAGAAGUCACGAUUGCGCAGAAGCAAGUCGAAGAAGACCCGGCAGGAACCUGCUGCCGAAAAAGAUAUCAUCAGCCCGAGGACAAGCAAGGAAGAAGAAAAUGUCCCGUCUGAAGUAUCACAUGAAGCACGAUCUGAUGCAACUCGCCAGGGGGACACUGAAGAGGAGAGUGCUACUGGCGCCGUCUCAGAUGCUGCUGGGGAGCAGGCUGAAGUCAGCCAAGCGCAAGCCGCCCCGGAGGAAGCAGCACCACCCCCCAAAAAGGAAUCAAGAAUCAGAGCCUGGUUCAGAGGACGUCGAUCAAGUGGGACGCACCGUGCAGUUGAAACCGCUUCUGAAGAGAAGACAGAAAGCGUUCCAGAGCCUUCCGAAGCGGGAGCUGAUACACCUCUAGGAGCUGACGGAGCCCCGUACGGUGAUGCCCGACUGGCUCCUCUCGGUUCACACCCUGUCAGGAGUAGAAACGGGAUUGAAGGACUUGAAAAUGGAAAUCAAAGCAACGGUCAUGUCCACAAGUUCGAAAAGACAGCCGCUAACGGUGAACCACGGCAAUCAAGGAAAGAUAUUUACGAAAAUGAAGCGAAGGCACUACACAAUGGGUCCGAGGGCGCUCUCGACGCUAACCAGGCCAGCAUAGUAGAGCAGGAAGCACUGCGUGAUAGUGCAAUCCAUCAGGGCUUGCCUGUGCCGCUUCCAAUUGGGACGUCCACGAGCGCCGGUAGUCACCGUGAGUCGAGAUUUUCGGAGGAAUUAUAGCAUGAACUGUUUCUUUUGUUUAAUGCUCUUAUUUGCUUGGUACAUACGUGGCUGUCGUGAUAAGUUUCUAUUAAUUUCCCGAGUUUCUUAUUUGUGUCCCGAUACAGACGCCCUGGAUGACUUUCUGAUUUGUUUGUCUGCGCUGUCUACGUACUCUUGGACGAUUUGUCAAAUGGUGGUUGUCUGCUUACUAUUAAGAAUUGGAUAUUCCCGAACUUCAAGCUUGGAGGGGUUGAUGACAAGAAAUGCGUGUAAUGAUGGUUAAUAAUAGUAUUACUACUAAUAAUAUUGUUGGGACUUAGUGCCGUAUACACUAAAAAAGCAAGAACAAAA